AUGGGAGUACAGGUCACCGAUUCACGCGACCAACAGCAUGCGACCAAUACACGCCGACGAAGAUCACCUGCUACUCGGUUUAUCACCGUUGACAAUGUCCUCCAAUACGCCUCAGAUGUCCCGUCGAUGCAGCAGCGACAACCUCCGCCGAUUGCACGGCCCCGUCGACUUCCCUCUGGUGGACUUACGGGCCACUCUGGUCCAAAUCAACCUAUCAACACCGCCGGCACUGCUGGGACUAUCGGGCGGCUGGCUGCACAACCUCGUCUGCCUCCUCGAACGACGAAAGUGAGCGAGAAGCUAGUGCUUCUGCCAGACACCGGCGAGCCGGACGAAACGGAAGAUGAUGACCAAGAGGAUAUGGACCUGGUUGACGAAGAACUUGUGGACCGGCUCGCCAAGGAAAGGAAAGUUGAUCCCGAGCUCGUGCGACAACAAUUGUUGGUGCAGAAGCGACUAGGUGGGGAUUUUGGAGUCGACAAUGAUCUCGCGCCUCUGUUGGCCGAGGAAGAGGUUCUGCGAAAGCGACGUGUUGCCCCUGAGCGAGCUAAGAGCUAUGCAGAACGACUGCCCAAAGCGCGCCGUGCUGAGAAGCUUGCGCGGGUCACUGCUUACUGCACGGCUCAAGCCUAUAAGAUGGGUUCGGUAGCCUCUUUUGUCAAAGAGUGGCACGGUGCUCGAACGAAGUUAUACGAUGACUGCCUCUACACUGCAUACCAUCUCCCGCUUCUUCCAGGACAUGAGGGAUAUCGCCUACGGAGCAGUCCUGUCGUGAAAUACCCAGGCGGCAAAUCUCUGUUGGAUGAGGAGAUCGAACGGAACGAAUUACGCGAUCACCAUGACGAAUACCUUGAUGAAAUUGGAGAGCAUUCGGUUGGUGGGCGCCAUGAGCAUGACGGUCACCAGCCAGAAGAAUCCCCCCGCAGUUCAGAUGAUCAGGGCUCCAGAGAAGGCCAACCAAAUUUCCUAGCUCUGCUCUCCGACGAAAAUCGUAUACAGGAAGACCAAAAUGCCCCUGCAGAUACCAGUGUGAUAGAUCAAUCGGGCUCCCAGGACGACGGGAAAGGCCCCGAGCCAGCGCUGCGCAGACGUCGUCACAGCACCGACGAUACGCAUGCAUUAUUGAGAGAUCGAGCCCCGUCCCCUUUGCCUAGUCCAUCUGUGUCAGUACCGCAGGAACCAGCGAGAACUCUUUAUAAUGUCGCAGAGAUGUUUGUCUUCAGUUAUGGCGUUGUUGUAUUCUGGAACUUCACUGAGCGACAAGAGAAGGACUUGCUGGCCGACUUAGCGUUCGCCACGUCGUCGGUCACUGGUACUCCAACUCCACUGGCGACAAUGCCUCUUCAUGAGGAGGACUUUGAAACGGAAGAAUUCCACUUUGAAUAUUCGACGGAGAUUUCACGGCCCCGUGUCUACAAUGACAUGAUUACCCUCCGCAGCGGUGACCACAUGAUCAAGCUCGCUAUCAGUCACGGUAUCUCCCAGAGCACUAAGUUAUGUUUCUUCGAAGAGGUAAUGGCCCGGCAAAUGGCAGAUGCCAAGGACAUUCCACGACGAUUAGCUGUGACUGGACAGCUCGGUAUGAAACGUGAGGACGUCUUCCGGAUUUUGGGCAGACUGUUUAAAAGCCGUGUAGAGGUGAAUCUAUCUUCGAAUAUGCUCGACAAUCCAAACUUUUUCUGGGAGAGCGAGCCUACUCUUUAUCCACUUUACACCGCUGUGCGCGAGUAUCUCGAGAUCAAACCCCGCAUUCAAGUUUUGAACGAACGUUGCCGGGUGUUUCUGGAUCUGGCAGAAAUUCUAUCUGACUCGAUAACGGAAAGUCGGACUUCUCACCAAACUUGGAUUGUCAUUGUGUUGAUUGUAAUCUCGAUCUUGGUCACUAUCUCCGAAGUUUUCCUACGCUUUGGACUCCUUCACUCCCGGGAUGGUGCUUCAUCAAGCCCUGUGAAGGUCCUUGCCCGCGCCAUGGGGCGAUCUCUUCCAUCACCUUCCUCAGGGUGGUCUCCCUACCCAUCAAAUAUUCCCCCAGGCUGUGUGUGUCCAUCUCUCCCUCCUGGUGUUGGUGGGCCUGACCUGGGCCUCAAUGGUCUCUUAAGCUAA